CGCUCGGCGGAAGCGCACGUACGUCGGUCUUCUCUCUUGGUGGUGAAACGCGCGUUUCGGUGCAAGUGCAAGUGAUUUUGAUUUGACUAAGCAUUACAGAAUGGCGGGUUCCCACAGCAGUAGCAGUGGCGGCCUGCCCGAAGAGGUGAAGGCGGCCGUAUUUGUCAUACGGUCGCUAGUAGCUUCGCGCAAAGAGGCGUCUACGGUACAGAGCAUAAUGCGCGACUACAAGGAGCUUGAGGGUGAAGCGCUGCCGUACCGUAAGUACGGUUACAGCACGAUCGAGGAGCUGCUGAUGAAGAGCGGGGAAUUUAUUAUUAGGCGAGGAAAUGGGGAGCAGCAGGAGCGUAUCUACGUGAAACCGACCCGUGACGGGGCACAUGUGCGGGAGAUGGUGAAGGCACAGAAACCUGCAAAACAGUCGUCGGUCAAAAAGCAAUUCUCCGCGAUGCGUACGCCAACGUCAGCGACAAACAGCUUCACCGGUAGUCGUGGGUCCACUGGUCGUGGUAGCAGUGGUACGGCGUACAGCAGUAUUUAUCAAAAUGGACGCUCCCCAAAGAAGGUGAGCUUCGGACAAAAGUCUGGUUCGCCGAGCAAGAGCGAUCUUCUUUACUUUGCGAUACGCGACACAGGAGCAGCUUCGUCGCAAAAUAGAAAAAAUGGCCAGGAGACCAAUAACAAUAGCUUGGCAAUGAAGAAUCACAAUACCACCACCACUGGUGGCCAGCAGCAGCAGCAGCAGCAGCAGCAGCAGCAGUUGAAAGUGAACGAUUUGCGUCAAAAGCUCGUUGGUCGUAACACGGGACUGAGCCGCUCGUCGGUGGAUAUGCGACAAGGAAACGGAGCUCUUAUUCCAUCGAAUAUGAUUAUUACGGUACCCAACGGAUCGUCCGGUAGCGGUAGCUAUGUACGCAGAUUAGACUUUUCCGAUACGAAGACGUCAGCGGGUGGUCAGCAUGAAAAGGUGACUGCCGUUACCACUGCUAGAGCACCGAAUACGAGCAACAAAAUUGCCGGUUCCGGUCGCGUUAUUCCUCCAUCGGUGCCACCACUACCGCUCCUGUCCCUUAAUCUACCGCCGCCAUCCGUCCAGACGCAAAUCGUUCCGAAAACAUCCACCAGCAGCGUCCACGCACGGCUCCAGCGUGCGAAGGGUGAUGCACGACCACCGGUAACGACAGAUUACGUAUCCAGCAAUGUGGCACCUGCGAAUGCUACUACCUACACCUACCAGCGUUCGCAAUCGCUUGUCAAUACGCCGUCUAGCGAAACACCGUCAUUCCCGGGCCGCAAAUCAGUGCAGAGUCGAAUCACGGUGAAUCAACAGGUGGUUCAGCAGGAUUUAGAAAAGGUAACCCAGGUGGCACCAUUGUCACCUCCGAUUGCCAAUGGUGGCACUACUAUCACCACUGUGACAAACGGAAAAGCUGUGAGUGCUGCGGCGUACUCUGGCAGAAGUGUUAGUUCGCCUUACACGAAUGGUGGUGGUAGUAGACCGUCUGCCGAUACCGAGUUUACGUGGAACGAUGUAAAUGCGACGCCCGUGGAGCUGCUGAUGCGAUUCAGUAACCUCAAAGGCUAUCCGCGACCAGAAUAUCGCUACUAUCGGCUCAAGAGCGGUCAGAUCCAGUGCCGGGUGACGGUUAACGGGUCUACUUAUUCGACCUACCCGUCCGAGUAUGGGAAUGAGUUCGAGGGUCAGUUCGCGGCGGCUAACAUUGCCAUCGAGGCCAUCCGAAGCGACGAAUCUCGCCAGACAUACUCGGUGUGCCUUGAUUCGGAUGAGGAGAUCGCACACCAUGUGUACGAGUUGCUGUCGAGCUGUCCGCACGGUAUGUUCAGCAAGCGCAUUCCGGAUGCGUUCGAGCAAGCGCAUAAGUCAACGCUACCGGAUCACUGGUUUUCGCUGCUCGAUCGCUACUCGAAUCAGUUGUUUGUACUAGAGGAUGGUCCUGGUGAUACGAUUGUGUUUGCCCGCGAGCAACCCUCGAGCUCGGAUGCUGCCUCCAACACAUCGGAGGCACAGCUGAUGGCACUUAAUCAGCUUGUGCUACCGUGGGAAGAGCAGUACUGGAAUUUGUACAUAACAAACCCGGUAUCGACGGUGGAGAUUUGGGCACGCCUGGUCGGCAAAGAGUACAGCGACAAGAUGGAUACAUUAAUCACUGACAUCGAGAUGUCGAUGCUCAGCAACCCGCCUACUGCUGACGAUUCAGUAGGAGCCGUUGGCGAGUAUUAUCUCGUCUGCAUUACCGACUGCUGGUAUCGGGUUCGUGUGGAUGAGAUCAGCUACGAGAGCAAUCAGUGUCAGUGCUUCCUCAUCGAUAUUGGCGAGCGGGAACAGUUUGCACUCGAUCAGCUGUACCGGUGCGAUCCGAAGUAUCUACAGCUGCCGGGACAGGCCAUUUGUUUCACCCUCGAAGGGCUUGAGGAUUUUAGCGAAAAUCCGAAGGCCAAACAUCAUCUCGAUAGCCUCAUCAGCGGUCGCGUGUUCAUCGGAGGGAUCUUGACUAAGCGUGAGGAGUACGAAGAAGCGGAGCAGGUGGGUGGAGUAGGCACGGGCCUGCUCAAGCUAGCGCUCUACGAUACGUCGAAGGAGGAGGAAGAUGUCCUGAUGAACCCCAUCAUACUGAAGCACAUCUGCGAUGAUACACCACUGCCGGAGCUGAACCGGAAAACGGGGAAUUUAGUCAACAUCUCACACGUGGACGAUCAGGGCGAUGUAUACUGCACGAAGGACGGUGCAAUGAGUUACAUCCAGAAACUCAUAACAAAUUUGACCAAAUCCGACGUACUCGAGGGAAAGUACCGUGGACUGUACGAAUCGAAGCUUACUACCACGCAGCAGCGACUGUACCUAGUGCAGGACGAUAGUGAUGGCAAGUGGUACCGGGCGGCGUUGGACGGCGAGGAGUCUGGUCCCUACUGCCGCAUGCUGUACGUAGACGUGGGGUGCCGUCGCCGCACGAAUGUAUCGAAAAUCUAUCGGCUGGAACAGCUCAGUUUAGCGCUAAGCCGUUACCCACCGCAAGCGCUCCGUAUGCGGAUGUUCGAUCUGCCGGAUUGUAGCGAACAGUCGGUGGUGGCGCGUCUCCGUGCCCUGCUGAAACCGGCCAUGCGAGCGAUGGCAAAGGUCUGCGCCAUGGCACCGGGCAGUGUACCGUUGGUGAAGAUCUUCGUCUACGUUUCCGACGGCGACACCGGGAACAACAUUCUCGUGUGUGUUAACGAUUCGAUCCGCGACGAGAAGGAGUUCGAACUCGGCUCCGAGCUUAUCAGUGCACCGCGGACACCCGGUGGUAACGAGAAUGGUGCGACGAGCAUUAGCUCGUGUUCGUCCGGUGAACGGGACUCCAUACCCAGUGAAACCAGUGGCACUGGUACGGGCUAUACACCGCUGGCCAACAAAGAAGCGAAAGAACUGGCCAAACGCUUCGAUGGACUCAAUCUCAAGACGACGUCGACCACGACGGUGGCGACUGCUAACGGCAACAGCCGUGUCCCCGCAGUAGUGGAGAACAAGUUGGCCAAGAUGGCGCUCCCGCUCGUAGGCCAGCUGUUCGACGUAAAAUGCACUAUUGCUUCGAAUCCGAAAUUUUUCAUCGUGCAACCGUAUUCGUACAAUCUUCAGCUGAAUCGACUGAUGCACGAACUGCAAGACUUCUGUAUGAAGAAGGCUUUGCCAGUUCGUAAAGAUCAGGUGCGCCAGGGCGAGGCGUACGCUGCCUCUUAUAAAGAUGGGCAUUGGUAUCGUGUGAUCGUGUUGAACAUCAUUCAGGGACCGAAACCAAUCCACGUGUUUUUCUGUGAUUUUGGCCAGUUCGAGGAGCUCGAUGUAAGCGCGCUGCGCAUUCUGACGCCCAACUUCCGCGUAUUGCCGCAACAAGCGAUAAAGGCUCGACUACAUGGUGUCAAACCGUUGAAUCCCAGCAAGGGCUGGACGACGGACGAUGCGGUCCGUUUCCAGAAGCUGGUUGUUGGGCGCAAGUUCGCCAGUAUUGUGCGAGGCAUCGAAGCGGACGAGUUCAAUCCAAAAGAAAAGCUCGUCGAUCUGGAGUUGAUCGACGUUUCAACCGAGGAUGAUAUUUAUAUCCAUCGGGUGCUGGUAGACGAGGGCCGAGCCGUCUACACAGCCGCACAAACAGUUUAAUGGUUCGAAACGAAGAGGGGGCUAGGAAGACAUUUAUUAGGCCAUUCCCCCCUCCAAGCGCGCUAACAAUGGGGAACGAGUGUUAGAUUUCUCUUUGUUUUUUUAAGUAUUGAUAAGCUGCAUUCCAUAAUUAACGAAUUAUUUAUGGACAAAUGAAAAUCGAGUUAGACGCAUAUUUAAGCGUGUAAAAGAAGGUAUAACCUAUGGAUAUGAAUCAUUACUAUCUAUUACUGAUGGACUAAAGAUAAGGCCGCUAUAUGUCUACCCAAUACUCUGAUACUAAUAAGCGCCGUGGGUCGGCAGCUGUUGCUGUUCUUUUGGUUUUUUCUUAAAUAUUUAAUCUCGACAUUAUCAUCUCCAUCGCGUGUCCUAGGCACGCAAGUCUCAUUCGGGCCUUGGGUCCCUCUACGUUCGAUGCGUCCAUGGAGUAAGGAAAAAGCGCAGCAUACUUUUAGUGUCUAAGGAUUUGUUUUCUUGGCGUUGUCGAAUGCCAUUUUUUAUAAAAUAGAAAUAAUCUCAUAUUUUACAACCGAAUAGAACACUCUGCGCCCUAGAGGGGUUUAGGGGUUCGCGCCUAAAGCAAUGUGCGCGAUAUGUUAGUAGAGCUUCCAAGCCUCAGUAACUUACGAGCGACACUCUAAUUGGGCAUAAAUUAACGAAACACUCCUUGGAAAGAGAAGACGACAGCACGGAAACUAGUGCUAUGCAUAUGUACUAAGAGAAGGAGAGUGAGUGAUGAAAUGAGGCAUUCAAACGAACGUGUUGGGGGUCGUGUAAUGAACCCGCAUGGCCUGCUUCCGUUUUUAUAGCUUCUGCCCGUUGCAUGUGUACUACGGGAACGACGUAGACGUUGGUUUCCAGAAAUGCUGAUGCGUGCGGUUGUGAUGGUACCUAGAGUGUGAGCUUACCCUGCCAGAGCUAGCCACAGCGUACGAUAUAAUAUGUGAUAAUACUGGAAAACCUGAAUUAAUGUUGCCUUUCUUCCAUUUAUAAUGAAUAGGGACUAGGGACGAAGCACAGCGCAGGAAAUGGAAGGAGAGAGGAAAAGGAAGAGAGAGAGAGAGAGAGAGAGAGAGAGAGAGAGAGAGAGAGAGAGAGAGAGAGAGAGAGAGAAAGAGAGAGAGAGAGAGAGCGUAAGAGAGCGAAAAGAAAGUACGAUUUUUUUACAGUUAGUACGAGAUGAGAUGCCUACGAGAGGCGAGAUGCCUAUUGAAAGGCAGGAACGUAAUUUAUUAUUCCCCUAACACUGCACUAUCCUUUCACUUAGUUUAAUCCCCAUAGCAACAGGGAGGCUGAGGAGGAUAGUAAUGUGUAACACGUGCCUCAUUCAGAUUGCUUAUGUAGUGUAUUGCGGUAAUGUAAUGGAUACGUAAGAAUGUAAUGGAAUAUUGCGGUUAAAUUUUUCUUUGAUAUCAUUUAGAGGAAUCUAGGGCCACAUAUAUAUCCCCCACAUACCGAACAUAAUUACUAUCCGAUGCACGGACGCAUGCACGCAUAGCAUGAUCAUCCUAUUCUAUAGUAGACGCAGCUGCUGCUCGUCCUAUAAUCGCUCAUUACUCGUUGAUUUUAGUGCCUUAAGAAAUGGGAACCGCAUGUGAUGGAUAUUAAAACUAUUGAAGUGAACUAUUGAACUAUUUAAUCCCCCUUUCCUUAUUGAUUGUUUGUAUGUUACGUUUUAAACGAAGAAAACAUUAUACACCCCGCGCCACCAUCUUUACAAUAGCAGCCAGCGAAUCAUUUUGCACCCACUACUACGAACGAAACAAUAUGAAUUAUAAACCCCCGUCGUAUAUGACAGAGCCAUUUCUUAUUACUACUUCACGCGAAUACCGAUUUUUGGGUACGGAAGCGAACUUUUGGGAAAUCACAAGAACAAACGAAUUAAAAGCGAAAUAGAAUGCCAUGAAGGAGGUGGGUUAAAAAAGUGACUUGUUUUAUUGU